CUGUAGGCCGCAAUUCGAAUUGUUCCGCCUCGUCGUCUGAGCCGCGCGGCCAUCUUCUCUCUAUCACACUCACACACUUCUUCCCUCGGACAUGGCCGAUUACACGAGCGUGGCGCCUCCGUCCUCGAACGCCGGCGGCGGCAUGAACGACGCUUUCAAAGACGCGCUGCAGCGCGCGAGACAGAUAGCAGCCAAAAUCGGAGGUGAUGGAGUUAAUCCACCUCCUGUUUCCAACGAGUUUGCAUACGGAGGGCAGAAAAGGCCUUUAGAGGACGGGGAUCAGCCAGAAACAAAGAAAGUCGCAAGUGACCCUUUUGCUGGAAUGGGUGGAAUGCCUGGUCUUCCGAGGCCUACGUCGGAAGAGUACAAGGUUCCGGACGGGAUGGUUGGCUUCAUAAUCGGAAGAGGCGGAGAGCAGAUUUCAAGGAUACAACAAGAAUCGGGAUGUAAGAUACAGAUUGCGCCAGACAGUGGUGGCAUGCCCGAGCGCUCCGUGACGUUAACAGGCUCUCCAGAUUCCAUCAUGACUGCAAAGAGGUUACUGUCGGAGAUUGUAGAAAAGGGCAGACCGACUCCUUUUCAUCACAGUGACGGACCCGGCAUGUCGGUCCAGGAGAUCAUGAUUCCCGCAUCCAAAGCGGGUCUGGUCAUCGGGAAAGGAGGAGAGACGAUCAAACAGUUACAAGAGCGUGUCGGAGUUAAGAUGGUCAUGAUCCAGGAUGGACCUCAAAACACCGGGGCAGACAAACCACUCAGGAUUUCUGGAGAUCCUUUUAAAGUUCAGCAAGCUAAAGACAUGGUGAUGGACCUGAUCAGAGACCAGGGUUUCCGAGAGCAAAGGGGCGAAUACGGAUCACGGAUGGGUGGCGGAGAAGGUUUGGAUGUUCCCGUGCCUCGCUUCGCAGUGGGGAUCGUCAUCGGCAGGAACGGAGAAAUGAUCAAGAAGAUCCAGAACGACACGGGCGUUAAGAUUCAGUUCAAACCAGAUGAUGGCACCACUCCAGACAGGAUCGCUCAGAUCAUGGGCCCCCCUGAUCGGGCGCAGCAUGCGGCCAGCAUCAUUACAGACCUUUUGCGCAGCGUUCAAACCGGAGGUCCACCAGGCCCUGGGGGCAGGGGCAGAGGUCGUGGACAUGGUAACUGGAACAUGGGGCCACCAGGGGGCCUGCAAGAGUUCUCCUUCACCGUUCCCACCGUUAAGACCGGCCUUAUUAUCGGCAAAGGAGGCGAGACGAUUAAGAGCAUAAGCCAGCAGUCCGGAGCGAGAAUAGAGUUGCAGAGGAAUCCUCCUCCUAAUGCCGACCCCAACAUCAAGAUGUUCACGGUGCGUGGGACGCCGCAGCAGAUUGACUACGCCAGGCAGCUCGUCGAAGAGAAGAUCGGGGGUCCCGUGAGCCCUAUGGGUGGACCUCACGGACCACCAGGACCACAUGGUGGCCCAGCACCGCACGGCCCCCCAGGCCCACCCGGUCCUCCUGCACCUAUGGGACCGUACAAUCCUGGGCCUUACAACCAGGGACCUCCUGGACCUCAUGGUCCUCCAGGGCCGUACCAACCCCAAGGUUGGGGUAACGGUUACCCUCACUGGCAGCAGGGCCAGCCCGAUCCCAAUAAAGCAGCAGCGGAUGCUAACGCAGCAGCGUGGGCCGCCUAUUACGCCCAGUACCAGCAGCAGCCACAGACUCCCAUGACUCCAACGUCCGCCGCCGCUCCGGGCACCACUCCAGCCAACGGGCAAGGUGACCCGCAGGCUCCAGGUCAGAGCGGACAGGCAGAUUACACCAAGGCCUGGGAAGAAUAUUACAAGAAAAUGGGUCAACAAGGCCAGCAGCCACAGGAUUACACCAAAGCGUGGGAGGAGUACUAUAAGAAACAAGGUCAGGCAGCCCCUCAGGCGGCCGGAGCUAGCUCCUCUCAGCCCGGUGGCCAGCCGGACUACAGCGCGGCGUGGGCUGAGUAUUACCGUCAGCAAGCGGCCUACUAUGGCCAGGGCACCUCUCAGCCCAUGGGAGCAGCACCACCGGCUCAGCAGGUACACUCCUAACAGCAUUUAUACCCCCCUCGUUAUCGUGAUCUGUGCUCUGUGUGUGUGUGUGUGUGUGUGUGUGUGUGUGUUUCCCUCUCCCCCUGUCUCUUUAUAACCUUUUUUCUCCACAGCUUCAUCAGGCAUCCAGGAAAGCCAGCAACACACGAGACACUAACCAAGCUGCUCUUCUUUUUUCCCCCCUCCACAGGCGUCUUUAUCUCUGUAAUUAGGUUAAGGGUUGGGGCGGGGUAGUGAGUCACUGUUUCUGCUCUUAACAUGUUGUGUAUUUCUUAUGUAUUUCUUCUGCGCAGGGCCAGUAAUGUGAAGCGGACAUAAAGUAAAUGCCACCUUGUAGAAAAAAUCCUUUGUUAAAUGUUUGGAUGCAGACGCCUUGAUGAAGAUCGUAAUUUCCUUGGUUUGCGUUUAAAUAGAUUGCAAAAAAAAAAAAACCCCACACACACACACAAAGGCUCCGGAUGAUCGCUCCAUAUAUAUAUAUAUAUAUAUUUUUUGGUAAUUUUCUUUGUCAUUUUUUUCCUCUCUUGUGUAAAUUGAACUGUUUUUAGUGCGGUUAUAUUUGGUCAUUCCAGAUCCUGUAUGUUUUUGAUUAUGUAGUUCAGAACUCAUGUCUAUACAAAAGUACUCUUGGUGUUCUCUCUCUCUCUCUCUCUCUCUCUCUCUCGCUCACUUUCUCUUUGUCUCUUUCUCUUCCUCUCGUUCUUUCUCUUUUCCAUGUAAAUGCUCAGUUUUAAAAAUGCCUGUUGUGUUUUGCAAUAAAACAUAAUGAAACCUCC